UCACACUCCGUUCAACACUGAGCUCCCGUCCACAUCUAUGAAGAUGGCUUUAACACAAAUAUUACUAGUACUCACUGGGAUCAUAUGUACAGAGACUAAACUGGUGCAUGUGGACCUGGCUGUGGCUGGGUGUUCAAGCUGCGAUGGAGAGGACAUGAAGGGACUAGAUGGGGAGGAGAUGGCACAUGCAGACUGGCAGGCGAAGAAAUACGUGAUGACCCUGCCCGAGUUUGCUGACCCUUUUACAUAUUCGGAGGGCACGUAUGAGUCUGCAGUUGCACAGCAGCAAGUCUGUAAAGCGAACCUGGACGUUGCCAUAAAGGCUUACAAAUAUCCACCUGUGCCACAAGCUCCCCCGAUGAGCUCCAUCUACCCCAGAGAUGACGUGCAGCUGGGCACUGCCAACACCCUCAUCUGCCUCAUCCAGGGCUUCUACCCUCCACACAUCAACGUGACCUGGACCAGGAACGACAAGCCCGUCACGGCAGGGGUGAGCACCAGCCAGCUACGCAUGAACGUCAACGAUGGCACCUACAGCCAGUUCUCCACCCUGCAGUUCACUCCAGAGAAAGGGGACAUCUACACCUGCACUGUGGAGCACUCGGCACUGGACAGGCCACUGAUGAGAGAGUUCGCGCCACCAGUGGUGAAGUUGAGACUGGGGAAAGCGUCCAUUGGUGGCCAGCCUGCCAUACUGGUAUGCAGCGCCUAUGACUUCUACCCCAAGAUGAUCAAGCUGACCUGGUACAGAGAUGGCAAGGAGGUGACUGGUGACGUGAUAUCCAGUGAGGAGCUGGCUGAUGGAGACUGGUACUACCAGAUCCACUCCCACCUGGAGUUCAUCCCCAAAGCUGGAGAGAAGAUCUCCUGUAUGGUGGAGCACAGCAGCCUCAAGGAGCCUCUUGUGCUUCAGUGGGACCCCUCCAUGCCGAAGCCAGAGAAGACUAAGAUCGCCGUUGGAGUAGCCACCCUGGUACUGGGCUUCAUCAUGAUGGUGGCUGGGUUCAUCUACUACGAGAGGUCGUGCAGAGUCUCAGUAUCGGGGGCUAAGAUGAAGAAGAAGCCUGUGCUGUGGGGUCUCGACGUGGACACGGCUCACAAGGGCAUGAAGAGUGCCCUCUGGUGGCUCAAUUCUGUUACGAUGCGCUGUGACGACACACCAGUGAAGACUCCUGCCAAACUUUGCCAAGAAUAUUAAAACAUGCAUAGCUGUUAAAAAUGCUACUAUUUUUUCCAAAUGUGGUUGUAUGGAAAUGUUCUUGUUUAGCUAACUUGAAAUAAAAUUUCAUUUGUGGAAAAGAG